AUGAAGCUGUUACCAAGUCUUGUGUUUACAAUUACCCUCAUAUUCGCGUGCCUUGCCAGAUUCACGUUCGCACAGUUCAAGCAUUAUCGAGAGAAUCCUUUCCUUCCACCCAUAAAUGACUCCAAAGAGGUGUCAGAGCCAGUUAUAUGGUCAGAAACAGAGAGAUCGGCAACAACAACAACGAGAGUGCCGCCAAACAAGGAUGAUAACAUACCACGACAUCUUCCCACCGUAGAGGAGGGUUGUGGAAGACUUCCUCCCGUACCUUACGUAUCAGGCGGUAGAGCGGCCAUCAAGGGUAAAUAUCCAUGGAUUGCUCUACUCUUUUACGAUUCCGACUCCAUCUUUAAAUACAAAUGUGCUGGCAGCUUAAUCACUGUCAGACAUGUCGUCACAGCAGCUCAUUGCAUACGAGAAGAUCUCGCCUUUGCGCGUCUGGGCGAACAUGAUGUGACCACGGAUACUGAGGCUGUUCAUGUAGACAUACCUAUAUUCAAGGCAGUGAUCUAUCCUCAGUAUAACAGUCGCAACAAACGCGGUGAUAUAGCAAUUCUCGUCUUGGAACGUAACGUGGAAAGUUUUAAGCCCAUUUGUAUGCCACAUUCUCUUAAUCUGCGUUCUGAAUCCCACGUAGGCAGCACCUCCGUUGUCGCUGGCUGGGGCAGUACCCACGAAGGUGGAAAGCCUGUCACAGUCUUGAAUGACGUAAGAAUUUCCGUCUUAGACAACGAGGUCUGUCGACACAGCUAUGCCAAGUUGAAUCGCAAUUUAACCGAGGAUCAGUUCGAUCAGGCCAUAGUCUGUGCAGGAGUCCUCGAAGGGGGCAAGGAUUCCUGCCAGGGUGACUCUGGAGGUCCGCUGAUGGUUAAUGCGGGUCCUAUGUACCUCAUUGGAAUUGUUUCAUAUGGUGUGGGUUGUGCCAGGCCAGGUAUACCAGGUGUAUACGCCAGCACACAGUACUUCAUAGACUGGAUAGUCGAGACGGUGGAGGAUACGCCCUGAACUCCAAGUUCUACUUGACAAAUAUUAUAUUAAAUGAGAAAUUAUUUCAUUUAUUCAAUAGUUAUUCUUCUUAUGUAAAGCUUUCUAAAUUAGCUUGAGAUCGUAGGGAAAAUAUGGCGUGCAUAAAUAAAACUAAAAACCAGUUAUUUCCACACAAUGGAUUUAAUUAGACAAGCUAAAAAAUAAUUAGCUUACAA